UUUCUCUGUUGGUUCAUGUCGUAAUAGAAUGACAAUAAUUUUAAUUCAUAUUUGAAUAUAACUAACCAUAUGAAUGGUAUAAACUUGAGAGAUUUCCACAAUUCCUUAGAUAUAUACACUUACGAUUCUCAAACAAAAUCGUGACAGGGAGGCAAAUUCCUUGCCCGUACUGCAUACUGAACAAUUCUACAAUCCUGAAAGCGAUGUACUCCGAUCCUUAUAUAAAAGGAAUCAGCCAGAAGGAACACCCAUCAUACUGGUUCAGCUUGCACACGAGAAAAUGUCGAAAACUGUUUCACUAUUUACCUUAUUUUUGUCAGUUUUUGUGAUUUUUGUUGAGAGUUGCUUGAUCACUAACUGUCCAAUAGGUGGCAAAAGAAGUGGAAAAUUCAGUUUAACUGAAUCCAACAUUAAACCAUGUAUUUCUUGUGGACCUGGACAUACAGGCCAGUGUUUUGGACCAAAUAUCUGCUGCGGGCCGUUUGGUUGUCUAAUGGGCAGUCACGAAACGUUUGGAUGUCAAAGAGGAGGGUUUCAUGAGAGUGAGCCCUGCAUAGCUGGUUUUUCCUCCUGUAGAAAAAAUACGGGGCGCUGUGCCACUGAAAACAUAUGCUGCACUCAAGUUUCGUGCCACACGGACAGACAAUGUUCAACUGACCGAAGAAUGAGACCACUUUCAGAAAACGCCGUAGAAAUGGAUAUUUAUAAUUUGGUGAACAACUACCCUUCAGAGCUAUCUAUUGAAAAAUAAUUAUUCAAACAUAUAUUCCAAAUGUAACCUCUCAAAUGCUACCAUGAAAACUGACGACCAAAUUAAAAUUAUACACAGA